AUGGAGCAAGUCAAUGCCAGCCUCAUCGCCAGGGGACUCAUUCACGGCGACAGGAUGCCUCUCAUAACGAUGUUUAGCGACUGCGAAGAGCUCGACGAUGUCCGUUCUACCUCGUGCAUGCAAGGGAAGCUACGUGGAGGGUUCUACUCGUUCCAACUCUGCGACGUUGACAUGAAGGCGGUGGCGCCUGCAGAUCGAUUGCUUCGCGAUGCCGUGCUGGAAUCAGGGGAGCUGGAGAAGCACGUGCAACGAGUCAAGGAGCUGGAAUUGAGAGAGAAGAAGGCCGAUGCGGAGCGCGAGCGCGAGAGGAAGAAGGAGGCGAACGCCAAGUCCCAGCGUGAGCGCGAGAGGAAGAACGCCAAGGCCAAGCGCGAAUCCGAGGAGAGGAAAAGGGAUACGGAAGCCAAGGGUAGGCAUGAGGAGCUCGAGGAGAAGAAGAUAGAGGAAGAGGCCAGGGCGAAGCGUGAGCUCGAGGAGGCGAAGCGUGAGCGCAAGGAGAAGAGGAGGGAGGAGAAGGCCAGGGCGAAGCGUGAGAUUGAGGAGGCAGAGCGCGAGCGCAAGGAGAAGAGGAGGGAGGAGAAGGCCAAAGCGAAGCUUGAGUUCGAGAAGAAGAUAGAGGAAGAGGUCAGGGCGACGCAAAGCCAGAACGGCGUCAUCAGAAUAGGGCUGCGCAGAAUGAGGGACCACCUUGCUGCCAUGCACCUCACCAUGGAGAUCCUGCUGGUCAGUCUGGACGACGGCGUAGUCCAAGCCGAGGCCAGCGCCUCGGCUGAGGUAGAAGCUCACUCCGGAACCGAAGGCGUGGCGGCCUGCGCACUCGAGUGA